GGGAGGAGCAGCCAUCCCCUCGUCUCCAUCAGCUGUAGUCUGAUGCGGGCGUGAGGAAGGAAGGUGCUGUCGGCCGCGUCCUUACGUAAGGGGACAUUAUACAACUUGGGGAGCAACUCUACUCAUCUUCAACAGAGAGAAUGGAGGAGAGCACAGAGAGAUUGGUAGACGCUGCGUCGUCUGCAGCCGAGGAGAUGGCAGAGGAGCCGUUGGUGGGAAUGCUGGAUUUGGUAUUGCUUUCCCUUCUUGCGGGUGUGUCAGUAUACUAUUUCUUCCUCCGCGACACUAACAAAAAAGAUGAAGUCCCAGUGUUGAAGAGCUUUACGAUAUCACCAACCUCAUUACCGAUGCGCACAAAUGACAGCAACUUCGUAGCCAAGAUGAAGUCGUCAGGAAGGAACGUUAUUGUUUUUUAUGGAUCACAGACGGGAACAGCAGAAGAAUUUGCAGGUCGUCUCGCGAAGGAUGCCACAAGAUGGGGAAUGAAAGGUAUGGUAGCAGACCCCGAAGAGUGUGAUAUGUCCGAGCUCGCCCAGCUCACAGAGAUAGAAAAUCAUCUAGCAGUUUUCUGUGUUGCCACGUAUGGUGAAGGAGACCCUACAGACAAUGCACAAGAAUUUUACGAGUUCCUCCAGAAUGGUGAUGACCAGCUGGAUGGUUUGCAGUAUACGGUGUUUGGCUUGGGUAACAAAACUUAUGAACAUUACAAUGCCAUGGGUAAAUACGUAGACAAACGACUGGCAGAGUUGGGGGCGACCCGUGUCUUCGAGCUCGGCAUGGGUGAUGACGAUGCGAAUAUGGAAGACGACUUCAUCACAUGGAAGGAUGCUAUGUGGCCUAAGGUGUGUGAAUUCCUUGGUUUUGAGGCCCAAGCACUGGAUAUCAACAUGAGACAGUACAAACUAAAGAUUCAUGAAGAGUACGAACCUUCUCAGCUGUACACGGGAGAGUUUGCUCGACUCAACUCCCUGAAGAUUGGCAACCAGAAGCCACCUUUCGACUCCAAAAAUCCCUUCAUGGCAGAGAUCGUUGUUAACAGGGAGCUCUUUAACGGUGGAGAACGAAACUGCAUGCAUAUUGAGCUGGAUGUUGAAGGUUCAAGGAUAAGAUAUGACUCAGGUGACCAUGUAGCAGUUUACCCAGUGAAUGACACGGCUCUUGUGAACCGCCUUUUGGAGCUAACCAAUGAAGAUCCAGACAGAGUUUUCUCUUUAACAAAUGUAGAUGAAGACAGCAGCAAGAAACAUCCCUUCCCAUGCCCCUGUACAUACCGCACAGCUCUUUCACACUAUGUAGAUAUCACAGCACUGCCAAGAACCCAUGUGCUCAAGGAACUAGCUGAGUACACAUCAGAUCCUGCAGAAAAGGAGAAGCUUAAACUUAUGAGUAGUACAUGUGACGAGGGCAAGAUGGAGUAUCAGAAGUGGAUUGUAAAUGAUGUCCGCAGUAUCGUCCACAUUCUGGAGGACUUGCCAUCUUGCAAACCGCCCCUGGAUCACAUCUGCGAGUUGUUGCCAAGACUCCAGGCCAGAUACUACUCUAUAUCAUCUUCUGGAAAGCUCCAUCCAACCAAAAUCCACGUAACGGCGAAUGUGCUGAAGUACGAAACCCCAACUGGUAGAACCAACAAGGGAGUUUGCACAAAUUACUUGUACAAGUUGAAACCAGAGAAUGACACCAAGUAUCAUGUGCCAAUCUUCGUCAGAAAAUCACAGUUCAGGUUACCAAGUAAGCCACAGACACCUAUAAUCAUGAUAGGACCUGGCACAGGUAUCGCACCUUUCCGUGGCUUCAUUCAAGAGAGGAGUUGGCAGCGUCAAGAAGGAAAGCCUGUUGGUGAAACUGUAUUAUACUUCGGAUGUCGGAACAAGGCGAUUGAUUACCUGUACGAGAAUGAACUGAAUGAAGCAAAGGACUCAGGCCUUCUGAAGCUUUAUUUGGCCUUCAGCCGAGAUCAAGCUGAGAAGGUAUAUGUAACACACCUGCUUGAACAGAACAAGGCUGAGGUUUGGCGUAUUAUUGGACAAGAAAAUGGCCAUCUGUAUGUUUGUGGUGAUGCUAAGAAGAUGGCCAGAGAUGUCCAUACUGCGAUUAUCCAGAUUUGCCAGACUGAAGGUGGGAUGACACCGGGAGAAGCCGAGCUCUACGUCAAGAAAAUGAUUAACCAGAAACGCUAUUCAUCGGACGUAUGGAGCUAGAGGCCAUCUCAGAUUGUCCGAUCGUGGGAACUGAUUGAGCAAUGUUGCAGACCGUAUAUAUAUAUAUAUAAUUUUUUUUUUUUUUUUUUUUUCCCCCCAUAAUGUUUGGAUAUAGUAUUUUAUCAGAGGAAAUAUAGCAUAUAAGUGGAAAGUAACUGAUCGGAAGGCACAUGUUUUGGAAUGAUUCAUGCUUUUCGUUCAUGCUAUGUGCAAGUUGUUACAUCAGGCUACCAGAAUGUGUAUAUAUAUAUAUAUAUUUUUUUUUUUUUUGUUAAAUGCUGAAAAGCUUCAUUAUCUUUAUAAUUGAAGAAUAUGUUUUUAAUUAUAGAUUACAGUUAUUGAAGCAAUUAUGAAGAACAUUUGGAUAAAACAUUUGAAAUCCUGAAACACCGAAUUUCCUUGCCUUUUGGGAUAUUUCUUUUCAUCACAUAUUGAUUAAAAAGGGUAAUUUAUCGGAAAUGCAUUUACUUCAGCGUUAUGGGAAUAUAUAAUUCUACUUGAAGGACUCAGGUAUUGUCCACUUGGAAUCUGUAUAAUGUGCUUUAACCUUAUAGAUUUACAUGCAGUCAGUGACACAAUCAUGU